GUUUUGAUGUCAAAAAAAGAAAUUAUAAACAUAUGUUUUCUUUUCUUCAAUAAUUAAUUAAUUGAAAUAUAAAAUAAUGACAAGUUGACAAAAAAUAGUGAAUAUUUUACUUAGUAAUUAUCAUCGCUUGUGCAAUUAUGAUUGAAAUAACAGCAAAAUUAAUAAGAGGGCCCGUUUAUUUUUCGGGUGAAAUGGUGGAGUGUUUAGUGACAUUUAGCAAUCCUCAUAAUCCAAUUCAUCAAAUUUCACAAAGUCACAGUGAUGUAUUUGAAAGUUUAGCAUGGGCGAGUGCCCAAAUUCACUGUCAAUGUACAGCAAAUGGAAAAGUGGUUUUAACAGAAAAAUUAAACACGACCUCUCAAUUGGCCGCAAUAAAUGCCAAUACAACAUUUGCUCCAUGGCAACAUGAUAAUGGUCACGCUGUUAUGAAUACAAAACCUAAAAUAUUAUUCUGUGAUCUCCGAUUAUCACCUGGCGAAAAUAAAACUUAUAUUUAUCGGGAAACAAUACCGAAUGAAGCACCUCCUUCGUAUCGAGGGCAAGCUGUUAAAUACUCUUAUAAAAUUACAGUCGGUACUCAACGCGUUAAUACAGCAAUUAAAUUACUCAGAAUACCAUUUAGAGUUCUUUCAUUAAGUGAAUUAUCCGAAAUAACUCCAUGUAAUGAUAGUGUAGAUUUAAGUCCAAAUAAUCCAUUUAUGGAAACACAAAACAGAGAAACGCCAUUGGACAUUGCGUUACAAAUUCUUCAGAAUUUGACGGCGAGACGAAGUCCAAAUUUCUACAAUAUAACAAAUGGACGUGGACGUGUUGUUCGUUUUUGUCUUUUUAAAAAUUCCUAUAAACUUGGCGAGGAUAUUGUUGGGACAUUUGAUUUUUCAAAUGCAACUGUUUCUUGUGCUCAGGUGUCAGUUUCAUUACAAUCAGAAGAGAUUGUCAUGGAAAAAUAUCGACGUGGUAAAAAUUCAUUACCAACAUUAGUCAGUUACAAUAAACAUCAUGAGGUUUGCAUUGGUUUGAAAUAUUCACAGCUCGUAUUGCCAAUACCACUUCAUGUGACGCCUGACUUUAGUACCGAUUUAAUGACAUUGAAAUGGCGUUUACAUUUUGAAUUUGUCACCACGACAAAAUUAGUUGAAAUGCCCAAUGAAAAUACAAUAAAUUGGCAGGGACCAACAACACUCGAUGUUGAAACAAUGAUUUGGGAUUUACCACUUCAUAUACAUCCAACAGCAAGUCCGCCAAAUAUUGCUCAACAAACGAAAUACAAUACUGUUAUCUAGUCUUGAUUAUAAUACAUAUAUAUAUAUAUUUUAUUCAAAUUGAUAAUAAAAUAACUUUACAGAA